UGCACCUACAGUAACCUGCCAGGUCCCAGCAAAAUGUCUGUGUCUUUAAAAAGAACUCUAUACCGAACGGUGCAUGAUGUCAGGCUGCCUUGCAGUCCGUAUACUGUUCAUGUGAGCGGCGUUCACUUCCUGUAAAGGGACAGAAGCGGGCAGAGAGAGAAAGAGAGAGUGGGAUAGAGAGAUGGGGGACGAGCGGCCAAGAUAGGACUGGAGUGAUAGAGAGAGCCAACGGACGAGGGGGAAACCGGGGCCUGCUUUUCUUUCUUUUUUUUUCCCCUUUUUUUUUUUUAAACACCUCGCAAACUUUAUAGGUUAUCCGAAGAGAAAGCCUGCCACAUCUGCGCCAGCUGACAGCCGCAGUUUAUGGAUUAGCGACAUAUCGGAUGCCUCUCUCAGUAGCGGAGUCUGCAGUGAAUAUCUGAAACCCCAUCUUCCUCUUCCUCUGCGGCCAACAUGUCCCAGCUGCUCCAUGUGGAGAUCCCGAACUUUGGAGCCACAGUUCUGGGCUCCCUUAAUGAGCAGCGCCUGCUGGGACACUACUGCGAUGUAUCCAUCCUGGUCAAAGGUCAGGCGUUCAAAGCCCACCGGGCCGUUUUGGCUGCCAGCAGCCUCUACUUUCGUGACCUCUUCAGCAGCUCCACCAAGACCCAGUUUGAGUUGCCCUCCUCAGUCACACCUGCUUGCUUUGAGCAGAUCCUCACUUUCUGCUAUACAGGGAAGCUAACAAUGGCAGCUAGCGAACAGCUGGUGGUCAUGUACACAGCUGGCUACCUCCAAAUUCAGCAUAUAGUUGAAAGAGGCAUGGACCUAAUGUUCAAAGCCAACUCACCUCACUGUGACUCGCAAACAGCAGGGUCCUUAGAGGAAACAGGAUCCGAACCGCAGAGUCCUUCUAAUAAUGGCAACGGCCUGGCGGUGGCCGCCCUUUUGGGAACCCCGGGCUGGUCUCCAUCCCUACUCUUGCCGCAGCGUAAGAUUAAACUAGAAGGGGGUGACCCGACACCCCUGACAAUACCCUCGACACAAAGCAAGAUUUCGUCUUCAGAGUUGGGGAGUCGACUGGCGAGGGCCAGUUCAUUGUUCUACACAACGGCUGGGGGGACCUCCAUCCCUGGUUUGCCUUCUUACCACCUUCAAGGGGCCGGCGGAGGUGGAGCAGGAGGAGGAGCAGGAGUUGAAAGGUCCAGUCCUGGAGCAUCCAGCUUGCCCACCACUGACAGUCCCACAUCUUACCAGAAUGAGGAUGAGGAGUUUGAGGAAGAGCCCUAUGACGGGAUCACAGAGGAUGCCUACAGUCAUCUCUAUGGACGUUCAGCUAACCCCUAUGGGAUCCAGGACAAGCCAGAGAUGGCAGCGGUGCCCUUGGCCUUGGAGAACCGCAACUGUGUGCUGAUCCGCCGGGACCUGGUGGCGCUGCCUGCAAGCCUCAUCAGCCAGAUAGGCUAUCGCUGCCACCCUAAGCUCUACACAGAGGGGGACCCUGGGGAGAAGCUGGAAUUGGUAGCUGGUACGCAGGUGUUCAUGACCCGAGGCCAGCUGAUGAACUGUCAUCUAUGUGCCGGUAUCAAACACAAAGUCUUGCUCCGCCGUCUGCUAGCCACAUUCUUUGAUAGAAACACUUUAGCCAAUAGCUGUGGGACUGGUAUACGUUCUUCUACUAGUGACCCCAGUCGGAAACCCCUGGACAGCAGGGUCCUCAACGCUGUAAAACUCUACUGUCAAAAUUUCAACCCUAACUUCAAGGAGAGUGAAAUGAAUGUGAUCGCUGCCGACAUGUGCACAAACGCGAGGCGUGUCCGCAAGCGAUGGUUGCCCAAGAUCAAGUCCAUGCUGCCUGAUGGCAUGGAGGUGUACCGUGCGGGAAUGGGAAUGGGUGCUGCUGUGGGUCUGGGCCUGGCACUAGGUGCCCCUCAACCAGGGGUAUCCCUUCCCUUUGAGCCUGACUUCAAGACCCUUGAGCAAAGGUUGUAUCCAGAUCGCAAGGACCCUCUCAGGACUCACCCACCGCUGACAGAGGGCAGCCCUGGGUCUGGGGCAGCUGGAGCAGAGGCUGAAGGUGAAGGAGUCGCCCAGGAGGAACAGGAGGAAGACGAGGAUGAAGCUGGGUUGGAAGGUGUAGAUGGAUCACUGGGGGCGCCAACCUUGAUCCCAGGGGCUGAGGCAGGCAAUUGUGGUGACACGCCGCCUGAGCAGGAAGUGGAAAGUUUUGGACAAGGUCUGAGAGUGAAUGGACAGUGAAUGUCCUUUUGGGCUGCCUCUCAUUUUGUGAAAUCUGUUUAACACCACAUUUUCUUUUGCUUGCAUCUCGUCCACCACUUCUCCUCCUCUGUGCUUCCUCAACAGGAAUUAUCAGCACAAAAAGCCGCGCUCGUAGAUCUUACUAACGGAAAUUUGUCACACAUGCAUGCACACACGUGUGCUUGUGGACACACAUUCUUACUGAUCGCGGAAGCAGACACAGGCAUGGCAUUAGCACAUGAAGAAAAUCAAUGAUUUCUCCUCCACCCUUUUCUCAUGUAUUCAGUAUUUACUCAGUAUUUCAGCACAUGCAAACAUAGUACAAAGGCCCGAUAGCAGAACAAAUGACUGUAAUGAUUCAUGAUUUCAGUGCAAUACAAAAGCAGUAGCUGCUUUGCUGGCAGUUUAUGGAGUGUACUAUAAUGGUUUGUAAAAUGAUUCCGUUUUCCUGGAAAGCUGCUUCUAAAAAUAACUUGUGUAACCUUGGGAAAAACAGAUCAGAGAAACUUUGCUCCUUUUAAAAAUCAGCUUAUUUUUGCAGUGUUUGACCACUUUACAUCAUAUUGUUGUAUGAUAAAUGUGUGUGGAUAUAUGAAAAAAAAAAGAUUGUGUUGUAAUUAAAGGUCAAGUGCUGUAUUAGCAGUUACCAUUAAACUGAACAAUUUUUAUUUCCUGAUAAAACAGCAACAUCAUUUUUAUGAUAAAGAUGAGGAAAGGGUUUUUUUCCCUAGGAAACCUCUCCACAAUCUAACAAAUAAUCUAUCACAUGGAGUUGUUUUUUCAUGCACAUUUGCCCGUGACACAUUGGAUUAGAUUGUCAAUGUGAUGCCUGUGUCUGCUCCAGACAGUCCCUCCAAACCACACACACGCGCACAUACAGAAACACACACGCACAUGUGCGCACAUUUCCCACCUUAUGAUACUAGCCUUUAAUAUCUGCACCAAUGCGUUGAAAAUACACCGUUCAGUAAAAAAAAAAAAAAAUGUAACAAUGCUUUUUAACUUUGAAAAAUCCUUUUAAAUUACACCAUUCUGUCUUGGAGA